CGUUCAUGACUUCCAGUCGGUGGGAGGUCAGGCUCUCGGCGAGAACGAUACGACGCACGUCGUUAUUUUUCUUUUUCCCUCUAUCGUUCUCGGCCUUCCUCCCACCGCCUUCCUCUUACCGCUCUCUCUCUCUCUCUUUCUCUCUUUUUUCUUCGUUGGCCACCGUUUCGCACUCUUGCCCACUUCAACCAUUCGACGACGUUGCACCGGCUGUUGCACCUGGAAAGUCGCGAAUGAUGCAAACAAAAUCGUGCCGACAAGUGUCUACGUGUUGUGCGACGACGUAUACCUGCUGUCUGUGUCGCGACGGACGACUUAAAAGACGAUUCGAAGCAUUAAUCUACGUUUGUGGAAAGUGGAGCGUCUAGUGAGUGUGCAUUUUUUCAGUGGCAAAGUGCAUUGAUGAACAAUUGGUACGCCGAUAACGUAACUAAAACACACUGAAAAAGUAACUGUUUACUGUGGAUACUAAGAGAAUAUUAGAUCGUGAUUAAGCGAAAAGUGUUUAAGUGUUUGGUGAAAAUAUAAGCAGCUUGCAAUAUGAACUCACAUUGAACUCUCUGCUAAACAGCUCUUUACGAGCGCUUGUGAGCACGCACAUAUGACUAGGCUCACGUGUAAUCGGACCUGUCACUGCAAAUACAAUGCGACCAUAAACGUCAUAAUCCUCCUUCUCGAUACUUCUUUAUGUCGCAAUGUGCACGUUUGUAAAACAAAUUUAAAAAUAGAUUUCAAUAACCAACAUCCGCACGAGUGUGCCGUGCUGCGAUAACGAUUCCACAAAAUUAAGUCGAUACUCGAGGCGAACGAUUCGUUGUAACGAUUAAAUUAACUGAAUGUAUAUGUGUGUGUGUAUGUGAACGCCGCCAAAACUUACAUUGCAAGUGUAACAUUAUAAAUCGUUUAUUUUGCUGAUAAUAACAUUAUAAAAAUUAUUCGUUAUAUUAUAUGUGCAUGAAUAUUGUGAACCAUUUAAUUUCAGAAAUGUUAUAAAAAGUUUCAAUUAAAGAUUUUUUUCAUCAUAUAUAAAAAGGUGAAAUUAUAAAGUAUUUAACUUCGUAAAUUAAGAAAAGGUUUUUCUUUAAAAACUUGUGCGUCGAAUAGAAGUCGAAGAUGUUUGACGUCGCGACAGUGUUACUGGAUCAUCCUCUUCUGCUAGUCGGGUUCGUCCUCGGUGGCUUGUACCUUUACUUUACGGCGACAUUCAAUUUUUGGGAAUGUCGCGGCGUACCAUUCAAGAAGCCGACUGUGCUAGUCGGCAACUUCGCUUCUAUGCUACUGUUCCGCACGUCAGUACCGGAAGUCGUCGAGGAGAUGUACCAGUGGUUCAAGGAUGAAAGGUUCUUCGGUGCAUUUCGCGUAAGAUCACCUGUGUUGAUAUUACGCGAUCCCGAUCUGGUGAAAAGCGUAUGUGUGAAGGAUUUCGCUUGCUUCUCCAAUCGUGGAAUUCCGAUCAAUAACUCUCAGGACCCGCUCUCCGGACACCUGUUCAAUCUCGAAGGGCACAAGUGGAAGGGCCUCAGGUCGAAAUUGACGCCCGCGUUCUCGUCGGGCAAACUCAAGCGGAUGUUCUACCUGCUGGUGGAGUGCGGCGAGGAGCUGCAGAAGCUCAUCGACGCGAGCUGCAACGCGGAUCGAACUAUGGUCGAGAUACGGGAGCUGGCGGCGAAAUUCACCAUCGACGUCAUCGGCAGCUGCGCCUUCGGCAUACAGAUAAAUGCGCUCACCAACGAGGAAUCCGAGUUUCACAGGGCGGCGAAGAGACUCUCAAAGCCGAGUUACAAGGCCACCCUCUGGAGGAUGCUACGAACGGCCGUGCCGAGGCUGUACAGGUGGCUGGGAGUGCAAGUCAUUGAUCCGAGUGUCACCAGGUUCUUCAAGGACGUGGUUUCGCAAAUGAUCAGGCAGAGAGAAAAAAAUGGCACGAAGAGGCACGAUUUCAUGGAUUUGCUGGUCGAACUGAAGAACAGCGGCGCGUUGGAGAACGAAGCCGGAAAUACGCAGUUCUACAAUGAAGAGGACGCCCAAGCGGCAAAGGAAAUCGAAUUGGACGAGAACACCAUCGCCGCGCAAGCGUUCGUUUUUUUCGCCGCCGGCUAUGAAACAUCCUCCAACACAAUCGCGUUCUGCCUUCACGAGCUAGCUUUCAACCAGGAGAUCCAAGAACGGACCAGACGAGAUAUCCGCAAUGCUAUAGAGGCACGAGGUGGAAAAUUAACUUACAAGGCGGUACAGGAAAUGAAAUAUCUCGACAUGGUAAUAUUAGAGACCCUCAGAAAGUAUCCACCGGCUCCGCUGUUUUCGCGAAGGUGCGAGUACAAGUAUCAGAUACCGAAUAGCAAAGUGGAGAUACCGGCCGGCAUGCGGGUGGUCAUACCGAUUUACGGGCUUCAUCACGAUCCGAAUUAUUAUCCCAAUCCGGCAACAUUCAAUCCAGAGAGGUUCACGGAGGAGAAUAAACGCACGAGGCAUCCUUACACGUACCUUCCAUUUGGAGAAGGACCACGUAACUGCAUAGGAAUGCGGUUCGCUUUGCUGCAGAUCAAGAUAGGGAUAAUAUCGUUUCUCAAAUAUCAUCGGGUCGAGAUCUGCGACAAAUCGAACGUACCGAUCAAAUUUAGCAGACGGAGUCUCGUUACCACGAGCGAGGCUGACUUUUGGCUUUCCAUUAUGCAGUCUUCCUAGAUCUGUAAAUUUGUUUCUUUCUUUUUUUU